CACUUAUAUUUUGCUCUAAAAUGACUUCAAUUCGUACUGCGUCAUACUCGAUUGAGGAAGAUAUGAAUUUAUGCCAUGUGUAUCUUGACGUGUCUCAAGAUCCUGUCAUAGGCAGAUACCAAUCAAAAGAGAAGUUUUGGUCAAGAGUUGAAGCGGAGUAUCACUCGUAUGAAAAGUUUCUUCUUCGACCUAGACCUGUAAGAUCUUUGCAAACUCGAAUGACGACCAUUCUUACCGCGGUUGGAAAAUUAAGGGGAUGCGUUAACCAAAUUCAAAAUAAAAAUCCCAGUGGUGCUUCACAAGAAGAUAUUUUAAAUCAAGCGAAGAUGUUAUUAGCACAAGAUCCAAAAUACAACAGAGGAUUCAAAUUUGAUCAUGUGUGGCCGAUCCUUAAAGAUAUUGAGAAAUUUACAAAUGACAACACUAGUGCACCAAUUAGAAUCCAAGAAGAAGAUCGUAAUUUUACUUCGCCCCAAUCAUAUUCUCAUGGUGUCCAGUCAUCGGCAUCAGCAUCCACUGGUAUGAAUUCAUUUAAUCUUAAUGUGAAUGACGAUGAAAUUACUACUAAUUUAAGUAAACGACCUAUCGGUGUGAAAAAGGCAAAAGAAAAACAAAAAAGUGAUGACCAAUUUAAAAAAUUAAUGGAGCAAAAUCAAAAGCUUGUCGAAGUUAUAGAAAAGGGUAACUCAGAAAGGAAUGAAAUUCGACGACAGAAGGUUGAAUUGGCUAAAAUGAAAGAAGAGAAUAAAAUACUAUUUACGGAUUUGAAUUCUAUAUCCGAUCCAGAAUUUCGCCAGUUUAUUCAAAAUGAAAAGAGACAAAUUUACAAAAGAAGAGCACAAACAUCUAAAUAUGGUGAACAAACAGAAGGUUCUAAAUAUCAAGGAUCCCAAUAUCGAGCAUCUCAGAAUCAAGGAUCUCGAUUUAAUGAAGCUCACAGAGAAGGAGCUACAGAUGAAGGCCAAGGAUCUGAGACGAACCUCCCAGGAAAUUUUAGUCAAUACUUUGAUUAUCUUGACGAAACGAAAAAUGAUUUCCUAAAUUAUUAAAUUAUUAUCGUAGUUUCUUUUUUUUUAAAUCUAUGUCAUUGCUUCCGAUUUAUGUUUGGUGUAUUUCAUUUUACCUUU